UAACUGAAGAAAGCGAUGCACUACUUUGCCACGGUGUGCCUGGCUGUGUCCCUGGCUGCCUUGGGGGUAGCCUUCCCGCAGCUGGUGCAAAGUUCAAGGAUUUGUCACAGCAACAUCUAAGUUUUGCAAGCAGUGGAGUUGGCACUCAUCCCAGAGCAGAGGAUUGGCUCUGCUUUUUCCAAAACAAGGGCUUGUCCCCUGGACUGCUUGGUGCUUUGACAGCUUGUCUCCUUGGCAGCGAUCAGCUGGCAGGACUGACAGAAGAGGCCGUAUUCAUUGACUUGGGUAAUCCAGCCAGCCGUGCUGGGUGCUGUGGCAGGCGGAGCAGCCGCUGCGGCAGGCAGCGAAGAGGCAAAAUGGCUCUUGCUUUCCUCUUGGCAGCAGUCCUGGGACUUCUUAUUGUCAAGGCUGUUUUGUUUCAGCUGAGAAACCCGAGCUCCCCUCCUUGCAUCAGGAGCUGGAUCCCUUGGUUUGGAGCUGCGUUUCAGUUCGGGAAGGCUCCUCUGGAGUUUAUAGAGCAAGCUAGAAGCAAGUAUGGGCCUAUAUUCACAAUAUUCGCUCUGGGAAAACGGUUUACUUUUGUGACUGAGGAAGAAGGAACUGAAUUAUUUUUUAAAUCUGAAGACUUAAAUUUUGAACAGGCAGUACAAGCAGCUGUCAAGAAUGCAGUUUCUGUCCCUGCAGAAGCAUUUUAUCAGAACUAUGGUAACCUCUACAGCAUGAUGAAGGGAAAAAUGGGUCCUUCUAAUCUGCACAUGUUCACGGGCACUUUGUGUAAGGAACUACACGAGCACAUGGCACACCUGGGCACGGAGGGCACAGGUGACCUCAAUGACCUAGUAAGGCAUGUCAUGUAUCCAGCAGUGGUGAACACUUUGUUUGGGAAAGACAUCUGCCCAACAAGUCAGAGUGAAAUCAAGGAGUUUGAAGAACAUUUUCAGAAGUACGAUGAGGACUUCGAAUACGCUUCUCAGAUGCCCGAGUGCUUCCUGAGGAACUGGUCCAAAUCCAAAAAAUGGCUUCUAAAAUUUUUUGAGAAAGUAGUGUCAGAUGCUGAAAUGACCAACCCUUCAGAGACCACAUCCAAGACACUACUGCAACAUCUCCUGGAUAAUUUGCAAGGAAAACAUCUAGCUCCCAAUUACAGUCUCCUAAUGCUCUGGGCUUCCCAAGCAAAUGCUGUCCCUACUGCAUUUUGGACCCUUGUUUUCAUACUCUCUUAUCCUUCCAUUUACAAGAAAAUCAUGGAAGACCUGGCUUCUGUUUUUGGCAAAGCAGGUAAAGAUAAAAUAGAAGUCUCUGAAGAGGACCUUAAGAAGCUCCCUUUCAUUAAAUGGUGCACUUUGGAAGCCAUACGGCUAAGGUCUCCAGGUGCAAUCACCAAGAAAGUAGUAAACCCAAUAAGAAUUCAGAAUUUCACCAUCCCUGCAGGUGACAUGCUGAUGUUGUCGCCGUAUUGGUUGCACAGGAAUCCAAAAUAUUUUCCUGAUCCAGAUGUGUUCAAACCUGAUCGUUGGAAAGAGGCAAAUUUAGAGAAGAAUGCUUUCUUGGACAGCUUUGUGGCAUUCGGAGGAGGGAACCAUCAGUGUCCAGGAAGGUGGUUUGCUAUCAUGGAAAUCCAGUUGUUUGUUGUGCUAUUCCUAUACAAAUAUGAAUUUGUGCUUUUGGAUGCAGUACCAAAGGAGAGCCCUUUACAUUUGGUGGGGACACAGCAACCCAUAGCACCAUUCCGGGUCCAGUAUAAAUGCCGGGAAUGAAAGCUGCCCAGCACUAACUUACCUUCCUUUGCCAGCCACCCCUGGAUGGAUGGACCACUGAGCUGCUUCCCAAUCCUACAUCUUCAUAUAGGUUCUCUGCCUUAACAGUUCUUAAUUUCAACUUUAAAUGCUGUACAUACUCUGCAUUGUGGUAUGCCAUACCAGUAUAGUCGUAUCUGUGCUCCUCACCCGAUUGCCUACCUCCUACUGUUUAAAAAUCAAGCUCUCCUGCUGCAUUGAUAAUUUGUGGGCCAAAUUAUUCACAGAUUUUGCAGAUAACUGAUAUACUAAACUCACCAACCAGACUUUCAGGACAAAAAGCUGCUGCAUUUGGAAAUCCUGCAUGGAAGUUGUACUAGAACCAGCAGAAAAGCAGGUCCCUUGGGCCAGGUCACUGCUUCCUGCAGGUCUCCGAACCAAGGCCAAAGUGGUGCCUCGUGCUAAGAAACCAGACUGGUAACUCCAUACGGCUCCCUGGUGCUGGUGUGCACAGAACACAGGACAGUGCUGAGCAGAGACCUCCGGAUCAGAUCCACAGCCAUGAUAAACUAGCAUGACUUAUGUAGCACUGCCUGUGUAGGUAGAUAAAGAUCUGGCCUGCUCUGCCUACAGUUGGUGCCAAAUUUUGCAAAUAAAAUGCAUUUGUAAUGGAAAAAUUGCAAGCAUGGGAAACACUGGGGUCUUGUUCCACCGGAGCACCUAAAAUUUCUACUGAGCUUUAUUUGCUCCACAGGAUUCAGAAUUGGUCUUUGUAUGAAUAUGGAAUGAAAGUUUGAUAGUGAUGUUUGGCUUCUAAUAAAAAGUGAUUGCAAGAAAA